UAAUAAACAGAAGCGUUAUAGUACUUCCGCCUGCCGUGUGACGUUCUUUCCGGUCUAACCUCCAACAUGGAUGCCAGCCGCGUGCAGCCGAUCAAGCUCGCAAGAGUUACCAGGGUGCUGGGAAGAACUGGCUCCCAGGGACAAUGUACACAGGUCCGUGUUGAGUUCAUGGAUGACAGCAACCGUUCCAUCAUCAGGAACGUGAAGGGCCCAGUCAGGGAAGGAGAUGUGCUGACACUUCUGGAGUCUGAAAGAGAAGCCAGGAGGCUGCGAUAGCACAAAGACACACUGCAACUGCAACUGAUGAAGCAUGAAAGCUCUUCAAGUAUGCUCAUGAUGACUUAUCCACACUGGAACACUUAUUUGUCAUUUAUCAUCCUGAAAAUGGGCCCGUGCCGAGUUAUAAUCUGAAUUGUGUGCUUAUGUGCCAGUAAAUAC